ACAAAUUAUCAUUCGUCAAGUCGAUUUUUAAUUCCGAUUUUUAUGCCGAUACGAAUCGGAAAGUUGUACAGGAGAAAUUUUCUGAUUAUUAUCAUAUACAGCAUUUUCGCAUAAGCGAAUCGGAAAAGAGCCUGGUCACGUAGCAAUACUGUGCUAUUGAGUUACAAUGCUUUCUCAUUUCCGUAUAUAUCGAUCAUAAGUGUUCCAUCGAUCUUCGUGUUGUAGUCUGUAUUUCACUGCGUUACGUAAAUGACAUGGCACUCGUAAUUUAGCAUAAUUAUACCACAACUUUUUACUCGAAUUUUCUACUGUGAGGCGAGUAUACAAAAGGAAGGGUUUAGCUGUGCUUCUAAUUACGUUACGCGUAAAAAAUGAUUCUUACGUAAUCCUGGUAACACUUCGGUAUGCAGAAAAGAACGCUAGGGUAAUUCUAUUGUUCGAUUUUAGACGUACACUUCCUUUACAUGGAAUUUCGCGAUCAAACUAUAACCCAGUUCUGGGAAAAUAGUACAUUUUGCGUUCAAUUUUUUUUUUCUACGUAAUUGCUUCGUUGAUCACCAAGGAUAAAUUAAAAACGAAGCAUAACAGCCGUUCUCCUCGACCUGCAUUCGAAAAAUCACAAUCCCUCGAAGCACCUUUCUUUGGAAUCACAUCGUAUCGCUGAAAUGUUAAUUACACUUAACGAGUAUGUCAAGUACCGUUUGAGACGCGUCGUGCCGCCGCGUCGUAUGAAAUCGAGAGGGAAAAAUAUCGCUGGAAUUCUAGUUCACAACGAAACUGCUUCCAGCGAUUCCCCGAGGCGCUCCAUGUCAUUGCAAUUCAGUGCAAAUUCUUUUUGCGCGUAAUACAGUUCAUGAUUUUUUUGCUGAAUACCUCCGAGGCAUUACCUAUAUGUCUUAGAAACGUCCAGAGUAUACUUUGUUACCUGGAGGCAGAUUUAUUACGUACUUGCGUGCAACUUGAAAAGCGAGAAAUGUUUUAAUUCAGCUUUAAGAUUAGUUGGUAUUAAUAUGAUACGCAAACAAACAACUUUUCUACCGAUAAUCUAAUUUUGAUUUCACACGAUUUUAGGAGAGAUCAUCAAAUGUUGUUCUACAUUCGAUGUUCUACAUUCUGCCGUGUAAUGGACAAACGUUACCUACUUCCAUACAGGACAUCGAUUAUGUUAUUUCAAUUAUUAGCUAGUCACGACAGGAACGAUGCCGAUCACUCAGAUAGCGUUUUAAUUUUUUGUCACUGAUUACUAUCAGCCUAUUUUGUAUUUAGACCGAAUGCCGAGUUACGUCUUUCAUAUCUAAUAAAACUACCCACCAUCUGUACUAGCGCUUUCUAUUCUGCCGAACAUAUACAUAAAAAAUUUUGUUUAAUGCAAGUGAAAUAACUUCCAAUCAUAGUAAUUGAUUUCUUUUUAUACGAUGCAUCAAUUUUGCUAGGUAAUACGAGUACCAUUUAGAAUGAACGCUAUUUAGCAAUUUCGCGAAUGAAUUAUGGAAUAUAUAUGCCUUACAUAGUCUUUACUUUCUCUCCAUAACACAACCGUUCCAACACAGAUAGAAAAAUGUUAUAUCACCGAUAUAUACUGCGUAAUGAAAUUAUAAAACGAAUAUUUAAUUGUAAUUACAUCUUGUUAUCUUCAUUAAGAAACAAACGAUAAUAUUGCGAGCCUGAGGCUGAGGUGAUCGUUCUAGCGAAAUGUUAUUUACGUAAAUAGGAUUUCCUAAUGUAUAUAGGUAUUUCAUGUAUAAACCAUUCAAUUUUGCACGGUGCCAUUGUUUGUUCAAGACAAACCAAUUUAGGCACUAUGUUUCCCACAGAGUGGGAAGGGGAGCAAUUCCUUCUGUAAUGAGAAAUAAACCUUGAGAAGAGUCUUCAACACAUGAACGAUGGCGAUUAUCGAUCAUAUACUUCAAGGAAAUACCUACAUAUUUUAGUGAUAAACUCUGCAUACGUCAACUGUGUCGAAGGCCGAAUAGUUUGGCUAUUUUAAAUAAGAAUCUCACGAUUUCUUUCGAUCUUCACAGUGUAGAGGUGCAAGUGCGAUUAAAUUGGACACAAUAUUUUCCUUGCAACGUGACUUGGAUUCAUUUUUAAUUAACAAUUGCAUAUUUCAGUUCAAGUUCGCGUCUAGAGCGCAUAACCAUUGGCUUAACCUAAGCGAAUCGUUUCGUAGUCUACAAAAUAUUCGAUCGUUUACAAAAUCUACGACAAGGAAACUUCAUUAAAGCUUUACGAGGAUAUAGCUAAGAGAAGUAGCAAGAAGAAGUAGCAUGUGCGAAGUACCGUUUUAAUGGAGCAAGACACGUGGUUGGGGUGAAUGUAACAACGGCACAGGUGAAAAUAGACGAGUUGUUCGACGUAACGAGAACCACUGGCAAAGCAGGAAAAUGUGAACGUAUGGACAGCCCCCGUUGUCCCUCGAGGUUGUUCAGUGUCGUCAGUUCGAUCCGGUCACUGGGCCAUUCACCAUGAACGAGCGCAAAGAUGAAGUAAAUUCGAUUUACACGAUCGCCAGCAACCAGAACCUGGUACCGAUAAGAUCCAGGCACGCCUACUUAAAGAAACGACGGUACGUAUCGUAUUUAACGAUGAUUAUAUUGUUCCUCCUGAUGGCUUUAGCCGUUAUAGUGGCCCUGGUGUUUAUUAUACUUUAUGCAACCUACAGACCGGUGGAACUUUGCGAAACUGAAAAUUGCGUCCGCAUAGCUGCUAGUUUGAAGGAAUCUAUGGAUACUUCUGUAGAUCCUUGUGACGAUUUUUAUAAAUACGUAUGUGGAAAAUGGUCAGACGAACAUCCUAUACCAGAUAAAAGUUUGACGAAUUCAUGGUUCGACGAGCGUAGAGAAAGAAUGUACAGGAAAAUAAGAGAACUCUUACGAGAUAAUACCACAAACAGUGAUGUACCAUGGGCAGUGUCACAGGCAAAGAUAUUGUACAACAGCUGCAUGGACGUGCACGCGAAAAAUGAAGUGGGACUUGCGCCGUUGUUCGAGUUAUUGGAGGAGCUCAAUUUACCUUCGAUUCCUGCGGGGCUUACGAAGAAGACAAGCGGUUAUAUCGAACAAAUAGCCAGGGUGAAGAAAGUUCUGGGAAAAGAUGUGUUUUUCGGUUUCGACAUUAUUCCUGAUCCUCGAAACACCAGUAAUAAUGUCAUGCUGUUCGAUACACCGAUUAUGACAAAUCCGUUACCCAACGAUAAGGAGCUUGAGAAACGACUGCAUACGAUCAGGUCACGCUUCCGGAAGCUGGACGACGAAGAGGAUAUGUUAAUGAUGAGUAAGCUGAUGAAGGCAGAGAUGAUGUACAUGAGCGACGUAAUUAAGCAAAUCGUGAAUAAUGGAACUCUUGAUACUUGCUCCUUAAAGAAUGAAUCAUCAUUUCCCUACAAGGAAGAGCUAGAGGAUGUAGUCGACACGCUUUACGAUUUAACUAGCACUUUUUAUUACAUAUCGCGUAUGGAAAGCAAUCAAAGCAUUUGGGAAAAUGAACCAACCGAUGAUGAUUAUAUGCUGGUAGACGAUCUUCAGAAGUUGACUGACGAGUACGUGUCGGAAGUUAAUUCGACACUUACGCCCAAACCAUUAUGGCGACCGUUCAUUGAGCUAGUUUUCAAGGAUAUUGACACUUUAGACUUGAAUAAGACAGAUAAGAUAUUAGUAGGUGAUUUGGAAUACAUGAAGGAAAUUGCUCUAAUGCUGGCUCUUACCGAAGAAGAAGAAUUAGAGAGCUACAUUUGGUGGGUAAUCGUAGACAUAGUUGUACCUCAUUCAUCCGACAAUUUAAGGAAAAUUUGGCUAGAUUAUACCAGGGCAGUAACUAGUGUCGAAAUCGCUGAAUCGAAGUCUCUGCUUUGUGCGUCUGCGGUUAACGAAUUGAUGGGAAUGGCGGUCUCGUGGUUGUUCGUGGAUCCAUCCUUUCACGAAAACAAGGGCAAGAAGGUGUUUGAAAUGCUGGACGACAUAAAACAAGCUUUCGCCUCGAUGGUUUCGCGCACCGAUUGGAUGGAUCGGCAGACAAAAAUGGCCACGAUAGAGAAAAACAGGAAAAUGGAAUCUCAAAUUGGCUUUCCAGAUUGGUUGUUCGAUGAAAAAGUGCUUAACGAAUAUUACGAAGGCAUAGAUCUCGCGGAAACGGAAUAUUUGAACAAUAUAAUUCAAAUUGUUCGAUUGAUGUCCUUGUCUGAGUUGGAAUGCAUCCACGAUAUUAAUUAUAACAACAUGUCGUACUGGGCGACUGAUCCGACAGAUGUAAAUGCAUUUCAUACCUAUCAAUUUAAUCAUAUAACUAUACCAGCGGGAAUUCUUCAAUUCCCUUUUUACGAACUGGGUCUCGAAUCUCUGAAUUACGGUGCCAUCGGAACAGUGCUCGGUCACGAGUUAACUCACGGAUUCGACAACAGUGGAAGACACUACGAUAGCAAUGGAAACGUGAGGCAAUGGUGGACCAAUGAAACUAUUAUAAAAUACACUGAAAAGACUGACUGUUUUAUACAUCAUUAUAACAGCUAUUAUGAAGCUGAAGUAGAAGAUUAUAUAGAUGGUGAACGUACAUUGGGCGAAAAUAUAGCCGAUAAUGGAGGUCUCAGAGAGGCUGUUGUCGCUUACGGAAGAUGGAAGGCCAGGCACGGUCAAGAGCCUUUUCUUCCGGGAUUCACUCACCUUACUCACGAGCAACUUGUUUUCCUCGGUUUCGCGCACGUUUGGUGCGAAUCCUACACACCAAAAUCUUUGAAAUGGAUAUUACAAGAUUCCCAUUGUCCUGGGCACGUGAGACUUCUCGGGGUUCUCAGGAAUUCAAAGGAAUUCAGCGAAGCAUGGAAAUGUCCUGUGGGAUCAAACAUGAAUCCUUCAGAAAAAUGCAGAUUGUGGUAAUGACACAGUUCUUCGAACAAAGUUAUUUUCAUAGGAAUUUUCUGAAUCUUCUUCCCCUAAAAUAAUCAAACUUUUAUACUUGUCUAUUAUCUUAAUUAAUACCAUCGAUUGUAACAAAUAAUGUAACCAAGACAAGUAGUUUCAGUGACAAGUGUAUUAAAGUAUAGAGCAAUUGUUGAAAAAUGACAACGUUGUGAUAAAACAACUCCGUGUUUGUAAUAAAAGAAUUUUAUUUACUUAUAA